CACAGCAGAAUUAAAGAUAUCUAUUCAAAUGAGACAUCUGAUACCCCGAGAGGGAAAGAGAAGAAUUCAAGUGAAUUUAGGGACAAGGAAAAAUGGCGAGAAAUGCCUGUCAUGGAUGGAAAGGUGGAUAAGAGGCAUGACAGUGAUUUUGACUCAAAUAUGCUUGAACAGUUCAGAGGAAAUGCAAGGAAAAAUAUAAAAGGACAUAGGAAAUCUUACAGUAGAUCUUCAAGGAAAAUCUUUGAUAACAGUUACCAAAAGCACCAUGAGAAGGUGGCUUCUAAUCUAGCUCUUGAUGAAGUUGCUGUCCGAGCGAUUGUUUCCAUUCUAAAUGGACAUAUAAAACGUUUUAUAAAAGACGAGGACUUCCGGACUACAUUGCGUCACACUUGUUUCUAUUCGUUGAAUUUCAUUGAGCCAGAAGACGAGAACAGUUCUGAGGCCGAAGCAGUAAGAAGUCUUGAACAAGGAAUUGAGACAGUUGAACGAGUCGUUGACGAAUCUUUACCUUCAAAAGAAUUGAAAAGGGCUUCUUUGCAGCUAGGUUUUGUUACAGGUUUGAGUUUAAAUGAUUUGAAACAUGGAUUUACAUGUGGGGUUCCGAAUUAUAAGUUGUCAUCUUCUGCUCAUCUUUACCUUAGUGCAUUAUAUAAGAUUCAGAGAAAAGAUAAGGCGUCAGCAAGGCAUCUUUUGCAAGUGUUUUGCGAUUCACCUUUCCAGACACGGACAACAUUGCUGCCCGAACUGUGGGAGGAUCUGUUUUCUCCACAUUUUUUUCAGCUGAAAGCAUGGUACGCUAAGGAAGUUGUCAUUCUAGCCAACAAAUCAAGCAGAGCAAGAAAACGAAAUCUUCUUGAAAAAGUCUAUAAGGAGCAUUUGGAUUCUGGAACUUACAUGUUUGCUGUAUACUACAAAAAUUGGCUCACUGAAGGAGCUGAACCUCCAAUAGUUCCUUCUAUCGAUAUUCCAUCAAUCUCUGUCUUGGAAAGCCGGCAGAAAAGUUCACUAGGUCAUUCGUCAGAGCUUUCUAUUCCUAUUGAUUCAUCCUCACCUCAACCAACAGUCAGCAAAAGACUUUAUCAUUCUGUCUUUGGUAGGUUGAGUAAACCGGGAAUUGAUGACCAUGAAGAUAGUGAGGGGGAUAAUGACAUUGGCACUUGCAUCAGAGGUUGUUACGGUUCAGCUGCCAUCGAGCAAACAUCUACACAUAUACCAGAAAUAGUGAAAUUUACUGAUCAAGAUGUUAAAGAAGACUCCUUCGAGAAUGUGCCACUUGUUUCAUUGCAUCCUCCAAUCAAGACAGGCUCUUCUCUUGAAGGAUUGUCUUUUCCAACCGUUCCACAAGAAUUUCUUUGUCCCCUUACUGGAAAAUUAUUGGAGGAACCAGUCACUAUAGAGACUGGGCAAACCUUUGAACACGCAGCCCUCAAGUCAUGGUUCAGAGAGGGACACAGAAUAUGUCCUGUAACAGGAGUUACUUUAGAUUUUGUGGCCAUGCCCCUAACUAACAUUGUCUUGAAGAGACUGAUUCAUAAUUGGAAAUCAGAACAAUUAAGCGAGCUCUUGGAUUCCGCUUCUCCAAUCUCAAAAAAUUCAAGAGAGUCAAAGCUGAAAGAUAGGGAUGAGAUUAUUACUUCCAAAUUAGAGAGUCUUUUCACUGUGUUAAAUGAAGAGGACAAAGUCACUUAUGCCAAGCAUCUCAUUUCCUUUGGGGUUUUAGAAUUUCUGCUUCGGAGGUUUGAAUUGGGAAAUUUGGAAGAGAAAACACAUGUGGCGGCACUCUUGCUAAAUCUCAUUGGAGGAGACUCUUGUUGCAUGUAUCAGAUAGCGAGAGAUAUUAAUAAAAGGUUUCUUCUUGAUCUUCUUCACCACAAGGAGUUUACUUCAAGAACUAGCGCAAUAUUAUUGCUUACCAAACUCGUAGCAUUAAAAAGAAGAAAGGAUGUCACUUCAUUCUUAAAUAGACUGAAGGGUGAGGAUAUAUCCACUACAAUGCAUGUUCUGCUCAUGUACCUUAAGGAUUCUCCGCUGCAUCUCAAACCUGAAACUGCUGUUCUUUUGUUGCACUUUGAUCUGCUGGUCGAGUCUCAAAAUUAUGGCUCAUACAGAGAGCAGGCUGUGACUUCCAUUUCAGAGGCUCUCCAUGCCAGCUUAAAUGAAGAGAAAGUCCAAGAAAAUUGUUGUAGAGCACUUUUUAUCUUGGCUGGGCAUUUUUCUUCCACUGGGAAGGUACUGACCAAGAGUUGCAUUCUAAAAGAAGCGGGAUAUGUAAUCAAUGGUUCAGAAGUUGACACUUCUGAUCACGAGGAAGAGGAUUUAUCAUGGGAUGGAGCCAUUUCUUUUGAAAAGGAAGAAGAACGGAGCAAAGAAUGGUUGGUGAACUUGUUAGAAUCAAUGAUCGGUGAUGGAGAGAGUCCAUUUUUGAAUUCUAUCUCUAAAUGUUUAGACUCUAGACAUCCAGAUUUGGUCAACAUGUGUUUGGUAACUGUCUCUUGGUUGAGCUCCUCGCUUUCUACGCAAUAUGACUCUGGAUUACAACUCUCUGCCUUCUUAGCCGUCAUUUCUGAGAUAGUAGAAGUCCUGGAAAAUGGGGAACUUGAACUGAGGAUUCUUGCUUCAUUGUGCUUGCUUAACUUCAGCAAAAUACCAGAAUGCAGAACACUUUUGACGACUAUGGCAGAAGAUAUUAAUGGUCCUCUUCUUAAACUACUUGAUGUGACGUGGACUGCAAAGCAGCUGCACGCGAUUAUUUCUGGCGUGGAUUUGUAACGCUGCUGGGAAAUGCAAUUGCAUGCUACUU